CCCGCAGGAGCAGCCGGCAGCCGCCAAGGUGGAAGGGGGGCGCCGGGAGCAGGGCACCUGCUCGCCCAGCGAGAAAGUAAACCCAGAAUCUUGCCAAACCUGUCUUAAUGUGCCAGAGAUCAGGAAGACUGAACCAAGCCAUGGUGGAGCUCCCUGGGAAAGAGUCUGUCCAGUCCAUCGGUGCCCUAUCACUGCAUCUCCCAGCUUGGUGAGAGGUCAUCUGCCUUCCUCCAACCGCAUGCUUGGACCAAUGUCUGUUCAGUCCAAUGGUCAGGUGCCAUCCAGCUCCCAGGACUUACAUCAACAUCACCUAUAUUACCAUUGCAACCAGCAAGAACCUAGAGACAGCUAUGCCUUGCCCCCACUACCAGGGCAUGGAGAGAGGGACACUUUGUGCUCCCACCAUUCCAGUGGGGAUUCUUUACCAGCUGCCCACCACGAGACCUCUGAAAGUCAAUGGAAACAGUGGUCACAUGACCAGCAGCAGUCACGACCAGUGCAGCGCCACAUUGUAACAGUCAGCUGCCCUCUGAGAACUAAACUGGGACGUAAAGCCACUGCCUGGUUUGGUUGCAAGUGGAGGCUGAGGAAAAGCCUGGUGCCAGUGACACUGCUCCUGAGACAUGACAAAGCUUUCAGGAUGCCAAAAAGUUAUUCCCAAGUGAUUGCUGAGUGGCCAGUAGCUGUCCUUGUGCUCUGUUCGGUGACAGUUCUGGUUUGUACUUUAGCUGGCCUGCUAGUUGGAAAUCUGCCAGAUUUUUCAGAACCGUUGAUGGGAUUUGAGCCUCGAGAUACUGACAUUGGCAGAAAACUCAUUGUCUGGAAGAAUGUACAAACCCAUACAGGCUAUCAGAAGACCCUUUCGCUUUCUCCCUACACUGAAAAGAACAGCUACGGUGAUGUUGGUAUUAACAGAGGGCAGAGGUUUAUCCAUGGUGAACAAGAAGCAAGAACACGACGGAUGGUAGAACAAAACUAUGGAAAGGACAGUUUCUUUUGUGGCCCCCCAGGAAAGAUUUAUUCUCAGCUGGUGUUUAUGUCCACAACUGCUGGGAGCUUGUGGAACUUGCAAGCGAUUCAGUCCAUGUGUCAAAUUGAACAGGAUAAGAUACGCUCACAUGCUCAUUUUGGGAAUCUCUGUCAACGUACUGAAGGCAAUGAAUGCUGCCCAAGCUGGUCUCUGGGUAACUAUAUUGCUGUCCUUCACAACAGAUCUUCUUGUUUGGAAAUAACUCAAGCAGAUGUCUCCCACACCCUGGCACUCCUCCGUUCCUGUGCCCCAGACUACCACAAAGGCAUCCUUAUUCCUUCUUGCAUAGGUCCCAGGACUGGAAGAGAGAAACACUCUCAGUGUGCCAAAGUACCAGAAAAAUGUACCCGGUUCAGUGGUAUUUACCAGCUUCUUCACUUCUUGGUUGACAGAGACUUUCUCAGUCUUCAGACAAUGGAAUAUCAAGUGCCAUCGUUGAAAUACAGCCUGCUGUUUUUGCCUACAAAAAAAGGAGCAUCUAUGAUGGAAAUCUACCUGGACAACCUUGAGUCAUGGGACCUGUUUGAUAACUACACGUUAAUCACUGGAAUGGACCUGGGUCUUAAACAGAAACUAUUCCAGCACUAUCUUUUACUGGAUACAAUGUAUCCAGUCCUGGCAAUAUUAGCCAUGUUUCUAUGUAUGACUUUUUAUUUACGCUCAAUCUUUAUUACUUCUAUGGUUCUUAUGAUUGUUGUCAGUUCUUUGAUGAUCUCCUUCUUCUUGUAUAAGGUGGCCUUCAGAUUCACCUAUUUCCCUUUUGUAAACCUGACAGCAGUUGUCAUUCUCAGUAGCAUUUGCGCCAAUCACACCUUUGUGUUUUUUGAUCUCUGGAGCCUCAGCAAGAGCCAGAAUCCUUCUGCAGGCCUCCUGCAGUGGAUGAGCCAAACCAUGCACCACUUUGGGUAUCUCAUGUUGGCAUCUUCCUUUACAACAGGUGCAGCUUUCUAUGCCAGCUAUAUGAGCAAUAUAAUUGCCAUCUGUUGUUUUGCCAUCUACAUGGGCACCUGUGUAUUGGUGAAUUUAGUAUUCAUGGUAACUUGGCUUCCAUCUUCUGUUGUGUUGUAUGAACGCUACAUAGCAACAAACUGCAUUUAUAAACCGGAGGACUACUGGAACUAUAGUGGGCAUAAAAGAGUUAUUUUCUCUCUCCAUCAUAUACUCAGGGGUCUCCAGAAUACUUUGUGUGAAACCUCCAAGCUGUUGUUUGAGAAGAUUCUUCCAUGUGGUGUUAUAAAGUUUCGUUACAUUUGGAUCUGCUGGUUUACAGCCUUGGCAAUAGGUGGUGCCUACAUUUCCUGUUUUAAUCCUAAACUAAAACUCCCCAGUUUAGAGAUGCCAUCUGUCCAGAUGUUUAGGUUAAGCCAUCCCUUUGAAAGAUAUGAUGCAGAAUACUGUCACCAGUUCAUGUUUGAGAGGCUGGAGCAUGGAGAAGGACAACGCAUGCCCAUCACUAUAGUCUGGGGAAUACUGCCUGUGGACAACGGGGAUCAUUUCAAUCCUAAAAGCAAUGGCACACUGGUGAAAGAUACCACAUUUACAAUCCAGAAUCCUGAAGCUCAAAACUGGCUCUUGGAAUUCUGCCAAAAAGUGAAGAAUCAAACUUUCUACUAUUCUGAUUUGGAGCAGAAAUAUACAGUUUGUUUCAUGGAGGAGUUUCACAUGUGGAUGGACAGUCGCCAGUGCUCCCAGCAAGAUCACAGCUUCAAUCUCUGCUGUAACCACUUCCCCUUCCCCUAUGGAAGUGAAGUCUUCCUGCACUGCAUCAAAAUGAUGAUCAUGGAACAAGGCAGAGAUGGAGCUGAAACCUAUGACUUGGGUCUUAGAUUUGAUGGAGAGGGAAACCUAGUUGCCUUGGUGCUACAGUUUCAAACUAUUUAUCACUACAGCUUCAACUACAGCAAAACCAAACAAUUCUACAAUGAAAUUGGCCACUGGAUAACAGAGGAAAUGAAGACUGCCCCCAUGGGGCUUCAGAAUGGAUGGUACACCAGUAAACUAGAGCUAUAUAAUCUACAGCACAGUCUUAGCACAGAGACAAUGGUGGUCAUAGGGCUAUCCAUAACCAUCUCUUUUGUGGUGCUGCUGCUCACCACCUGGAAUGUCAUUCUUAGCAUAUUCUCUGUUACAACUAUCACAGGCACUGUCCUGGUAACUGUUGGACUUUUGGUGCUGUUGGAAUGGCAGCUCAAUGCAGUGGAGUCUCUCUUCAUUUCAGCAGCAGUAGGCCUCUCCACUGACUUUACAGUGAACUACUGUAUUUCCUACCACUUGUGCCCACAUUCUGAUCGCCUGAGCCGAGUGGCCUUCUCUCUGAAGCAGAUGAGCUGUGCCACUGCUAUGGUGGCAUCUGCUCUGUUUUCUGCAGGUAUCAUCAUGCUGCCUGCCACAGUGCUGGCAUACCGGAAGCUGGGGAUAUUUAUAAUGAUGAUCAAAUGUAUCAGCUGUGGAUUUGCCAGCUUCUUUUUUCAGUCUCUAUGCUGCUUCUUUGGCCCAGAGAAGAAUUGUGGUCAGAUCCUUUGGCCUUACACCUAUGCCUUGAAGGACUAUUCUGAUGACUCCAGGCCAAAUGGAAGCUUUAACUGUGGGGGAGAAGAGAAGCAGAACAGAUUACGGAAGGUGCAAGAGUCUAACACUGCAAAUGAACAGUAUGAGCUCCAGCCCUUGGCCAGAAAACUUAGUGACAGUUUUGACAACAGCACUUCCACAAGCAAAUUGUCUAAUCGGCCUUCUGUCCUGUCUGAAGACAUACAGCUCCAAGACAACAGGUGUCCCAGAAUAGGAAUCCAUCCUUCUCUUGAAACAGACAGACAGAAUCUGCAGGAGACUCUAAUGGACCACCAUGUAAAUCUUUGUCAGUGUCCCGCCUUGCAAACAUCUUCUCCUUACAAACAUAGCAGCACAAGAGCAGAAGCAGAAAUUCAUAGAGAGAGACUCUGCAGAGAUUGUAGAUGUCAGAAGUAUGGUUCAAAAGCUUGGGAUGGGUACAUGCUGGACUAUCUUUAUUCAGCCAGCAUGAAAGAUGAAGGACAAUUAAAUAACUCUCAGUGUUCUAGAGACACUGCUCAACAACAAUCAGAUUAUACCUCAGAAAAUAGUAAUCUCCCUGAAGUUGAAAUUUACAAAUUUCACAGAGGCCUUUGUUCUCAUAGCAGUUCUUUCAAUGUGCUCAAUGUCUCCAGUGAGAUCUCGCUGAGUGAUUUUGAGCAGAGCAUAAAACUUGCUGAGUCAGCCAGUUCUUGUCCCAAUGUCUUAGAUGUGUCUGAUUCCUGCUGUGCAGAAGAAAGAGGCCUGCUGAAUGGGAAGAGAGACACCCUGAGGUUGGACCUGAGAGAGACUGUCUUUGACGUAUCUCUACCAGCAUCCCAGAAAAACAGCUCUUCUUGGAAAAACCGACUGGGAUUAGGGAGUGAAGGUCCAGUUGUUUUACCAAACAGCCAACCAGACAUGCCUGAUGUUUGGAUCAAACGAUCCAGUGCACAAAAUUCUGGUUACAGCAGCUGAAAUCUCCAAGAAAGCAAAACUCAAUUACAGAAGAAAACAGGAAAUAAACCUCCUAUUUACACUGUAAGUAUCAAAUCUUUCCUCCCUUCCCUUUUUUAGCUAGGAAUAUUUCCAGAUAUUUCAGCUGCAGAGAUGCCUACAUUUUCACUGAGUCAACAAAUCUGAUAUUGAAAAAAUGAGGAUUAGAGAUGAAUUUUAAUGCAGUAAAAAAAUCUUUGACUGUCCACUAGCCUGUGCCAUAUUCACAAUUGUACUGUUUGACAUUCCCUACAGUGAUUAGAUUUUGUUCUCCUGCCAAGUACAAGAAAGAAGGGGGUAAUGAUUAAAGAGGUGACUCGCUCUGAAUAUUUAAAGAAAUAAAUCCCAUGUACAAAAAUAUCUAUAAUUCUUAAUCAUUGGAAUCUGACUAAUGGCUGGAGAAAGAACUGUUUCCUGUUGAAGCAGAUCUCUGUUUUUAUUAGCAGUCCAAAGGAAUUGUAUCCAGAUAUUUGCUUAAAUCUGUCCAGUGUUUUUCAACUGGUAUGGUCUGUUCCUCUUCAACGAGAAGACUAUAUAGUCCAUCCCCAAAUAUCUUUCAGGUCAGGAUUUCAGCUGGUUUUGCUGGAGGAAACUCUUUCUGACACUGCUUCAAUGUGGGGUUUUCCUUGGCAGAAAGCCAUCUCCUUGUCCUCUGUGACUUGGGCAGCUUGUGUUUCAUGUUCAUAGCUAGUUUCUAUCCCAGGCAAAAGUGUAAAAAUAUUUUUAAAGUUGGCAUAUCUGCUGAAUCUUGAAUUUUACUUUUUUCUUUAUCAGAAAAAAACAAAAACCAAACAUUGUCUUUAUCUGUUACAAUAAGAAAAAGCUUUCUCUCUAAAAGUCAGCAUAAAAAUAAAUAUUUAUGACAAACUUUCCUGAACAUCGUGAUACCUUGUGCCUUUGCUAUGAAUAUUGUGAUUCAUUUUCUUUAUGUUGUACAUGCCUAAUGUGUUUUCCUAUGGCAUCGGCAAGAGUAAAUUUGCACCUCUGACCUUCCAUCCAUCAACAUGCACACUGUAGCUAUCUAUUCAUUCAUAUUAGCUAUCUGGGAAACUCACCAAGGUUGGCUGGUGCAGGUUAGCAAGAGCUAAUUCAAAAAAGCAAGAAAUUCAAGUUGGAACACUGGACCUUCUGGUUUGUACUUAAUAUGGUUCAGUUUUCCAAUUUGAUUUUAUGUUUGCCUAUAUCACAUAUGGAUGGCACCUACAACUUGCAUUUCAGCUGUACAGUAAUAAAUACAAGAAGUGACUUGAGAAUACAUGGUGACUUUGUUCUUCUGUAAAUUGGGACCUCAUAUUAAUUGUUUGCAAUGAUUUAUAGCCCACAUCUGAAAAUGAUGUCAGCAAAUAUGAUCUAAGCAUUCCAGAAAGUCAGUGACAGAUUUUAUAAAUAUCCUUUUUUAGUUUGUUUUUUGCUCAUAUCAUUGUGCAAGUGGGACAAGUGUGUGCGGGGAAAGGAGGGAAGGAGGAGGAGAAAGGAGAAUCAUCUGAUUGAAAUAUAAAAUGAAGGCCUAGUUCUGCAAGCUGAUCUAAACUAGAGGUUACACACCUGCACAAAUCAGCUCACAUAAUUGGGCCGUUGGGAUUAUGUAAAAACUUAUUCUUUAGCAGUAUCUACUAGUGCAAAAUUACAGAACAAUAAAGUUAAUAACUAAAUGUAAUAUUUCAAAUGACCCAGCAACAGUUCUAUGAGACCUCCCUGUGAGAGAUAUCUCUUAUAAUUGUAACAAAAGCCUGAUAAAACUAGUGGCAGCAAGGCUGGUCUUGGAUCAGUGGUGAGAAAAUCAAUAUCUCUGUGUUUUAUCUCAGGCACUGAUCCUGCAAAGACUUACCAGUACAUACUUAACUUUAAAAACGUAACUCAUUCUAAUGGUAUCCCAGAGUAUGUGAUAUCCUUGAAUAGAAAAGCUUAUCUAUCAGAUUUGGGUAAAAGAAGGAAGACAAACAAGAUAUUUAGACAUAUGGAAAUGCCUUGGAUUACAUAUUCAGAAAAAUAAAAAAUAGCAGCAAAAGCUAAAACUAUCCACCCUUCUUCAAAUAUUGAGGACAAGCUCCAAGUUCCAAAGGGCUUGUAAGUCUCUUAAAAGGCAAAUAAGCUAAAGGAUGUUUGGGGAAAAAAAAUUGGCUUACUUGUUAAAAAAGAGGGAGAGAGAAAAUAUGAAACAUCUGAAAAAUCUGAUCAAGUUCUCAUUUUUAAGUAGGGAGUUUUCAAAAAUACAGUUAUAUGUCUGUGACCUCUAAGCACACUUUUUUUAGAGGCAACCAGCAACCACAAUGCAAUUUUGGGUGUGUUAAGUUUCCAUUACAAACCAUAUUUUGUAGGAUUUUAGAAGUAUUAGAGUCCAUAAAAUGUGCUUCAGUCUUAAUUGGUCAAAUUCAUGCCUGUAUAUUCAUACCUGAGUAGUGUACCAUUAUUUCCCACUAUUUGGGGACUGUGCAUAUUACUGUAUCUGCUGAAAUAAUUUUAAAAUAAAUAGUUAAAAAACAGAUGGCCAUUGUUGUCACAUAUGGUAAAUACUUGCGGCACUGGUACCCUUUAAGGGUCUUUCCCCCACAUCAGCCCGUGACUAAAGCUGUCAUAAACAGAUAGUUAAGGGUUAAUGUCUCUUUUACCUGUAAAGGGUUAAGAA